UCCUCCACCAGAGCGCCAAGAAAGACGACCGCAAAUCGUUGUCCAAAACAAAAAUUCCAACGAUUUUCUGCUCGCCAUCGAAUCGUUUUGCAUCUGUUGAUAUUUCGAUUUAUUUUAGUUCUAAACGAGUUUAAAUCAGAAAAAGUGCAUAAUUCAGUUGCAAAGCAGUCCUAGUUCAACUUGGGAAACCGCCAAACAUCGUCGUUUUAUAGGAAUGCAUUGCUUCUGAGAUCUGCAGCUGCAUAAUGAGUGCAUUCGAGGUGAAAGUGACACCAACCCGACCGGCCGCUCAGCCGAAACGGCGCACGGAAUCACGCGAACCGACGCUGGUUCUGCUGGGCCCCUUCACGCCCAAAGCAACGGUCAUUUUCGAUGGGGUUCCCAUCGGGAAAUCUGCGCGCCGCCAGCUGGUCGUUAGGAAUCCGUACGAAGAGGAAAUUAAGGUGCUCGUAACUAAAAUACCGAAACCAGAAUUCAACCUGGGACUAGAAUGGACAUCACAAAACAUUCCAGCAGGAGAAGAAUGCCAGAUGGAAUUGGCUUGGAAUCCCAUCAAAAUGAUUGCCAGCAAAGAAGUGCUGCAGAUGUGCGACAGUUUUGGAAACAAAAAAGAUAUCGCCCUCAUUCUCAAAUCUAUUGAACUGAAAAAGGCUCCGAUAGUGAAAAAGCCAGUGAUGAAGCAUCAACCAAUGCUACCAAAAAAGCUAAAACUGAAAUCCCCGUCACCACCUAAAGCAGUAUUGAAGCGCCAUUUGCUGACCAAGAAGCGAGAAUCUCCUAUACGAAAAUCUUUUGCAUCGCCUCCGCCAGUCGUCAGGCAACCUCCACCGCGCAUUAACGUUUUGCAAUCGAGCAAUGCAUCGAACAUUUUCAGUUCCAGUGCGUUCAACUUCUCGAAAAUUACGGACACAAUUCCAGCGAAGGGUAGGUCCGGCAAAGAAAACGUCAGUCCAGUCACCCCAGAAAACGCCUCAAAGUUAUUCAGCAAUCUAAAAUUCACACCAUCGAAUUCACAUUCCAAUCUGUCGUAUCUCGCCGAUCUGCCCACUCCGGUGAAUUUUCUCAAAGUAGACGACAUCCGGUUAGACAAACCCAACCUCGUUCGAAAGCGACUCAGUAUUUCGCCGGAAAUCAACCUGGACGACGGAGAUAUCACAGAACGUAUUUACACCGAGCAAAGCAUGUUGGCCAUGAAGGAAACUCCCAAAUCGUGCGUCGCUUACAAUCAAAUGCACCCGGGACGAAAGCAUGAACUAACUCUCACUCCGACAAACGCAACAAGGAACGAUUUUGACCCCAACUUUUUCUCAACCGUGACGAAACAGGUCCAGUCGGGGAAAACCUAUGUCAUGAUUGACGAAACCAUGACCAAGGAUUCGAACAAACAACUAGACUAUUCCCAUGAUUUGGAACUUACCGAAUUAGAACUCAAAGAACCACAAAUGCCAUCAUCUCGGUCCGCGAAAACGGACUCCCCUUGCAACGAAAUCCAGUUGGUGUUCCUUUCCAACUUGGAAGCGGCAUUUCACGACGGAACGGAACAACCUAAAAUUAUGAACAAAACUCAAACCGUGUCGCCGUACGCCUCCAACCAACAGCUCUCGAUGAUUGCGGAGGAGAGUUCCCGGGAGCUGGGUGUCACCUAUCACACAGGCCGUGCCAGCGAGGAGCAUCAACUCCAGCAAAAAACGUUCAAAAUUAUCAGUCGCGAAAAUUUGACCAAAUCCAAUUCCGACGACAACAUCGUGCAAAAUGUCACCAUGGACAUGAAGCGGAAGCAGCAGCAGGGUUCACUGCCCAACCUAAAUAUGGCGGCUGGGUAUGACGAAGAUGAUGGCGAGGCACGGAUGAUGUUCAAGGCGCACGAAAUCCGGGCUCAAUCCAGUCGGUUCAAUCUGCACGAAAUCAGUCGCCGCAGUGACGAAAUGUUGCCACCCGGAUCCAAGCGACAGUUGGACAGCAGUCUCGCUUCGGUGGAUCUGCCGGAUGAACUCAAUUCUGGGGCGACGGCGGUGGUCAUUUCUCCACCCAAGAAGAGCAAAUUGAUGCAAAUGACGACUUCGGUGGGUUUCAUACAAAAGAAUUCUGUGGUUUCCGCUGCAUCUAGCAGUGGUUUGGGUGCAGCCGGUAGGAGUUCAGCAACAGGACCAGCCAUGGCGAGGAAUCGAUCCAUGAGCACCUCGAAUAACAGAUCCGGCUUUCAGGUUCCAAAAGCCGCUGCGCCUCGGUCCCUCUCACUAAAACGGGUACCCGCCCUCACCGUACCUUCCAAAAAACUGCCCCUCGAAGAAAAACGUGUCUUCCUGUUCGACUCGGAGCAUCAUCUCAAGACACUCAUCAACCCGGACCCGUUCGCGGCGACGACAACAUGCGACCCUUUCUUGACAACCACCAUGUAUCUGGACGAGAGAGCCUUCGAAAAGUACGAACGACAGCUGAAAAAAUGGCUCAACGCAUUAGUGACGAUUCCGGCCGAUUUGGACACGGAACCAAACAAACCGUUGGAUGUCGGGAAGCUGUUCGACGAGGUUAAGGGUAAGGAGUUGACUCUGGCUCCGACCAAGGAACUGAUUUCGUCCAAUUACUACAAAAACCGACUCAACCAGCUGAGAAGCGCCGGAAUUUCGUUAUACCUCAGCGAAAAAAUCGCCGAACCGCUGCGCAAGGUGCGAUCGGCCAUCGAGAAGAAAACAAUGACCCUGCGGACGGAUCGAGAUUUGCAUUUGGAUCUGGUACUGCAACGGAGCGUUCUUGAACUUUUGCUCUGUUUCAAUCCGUUGUGGCUGAGACUGGGCUUGGAGAUCACUUUUGGAGAGCAAAUAGAGCUACAGUCGAAUCGCGACGUGAUCGGAUUGAGUACGUUCAUCAUUAACCGCCUUUUCCGCGAUCGGUAUAUGGAAGUUAAGAAUUCGAAAGCGUACAGUUUAUCCCCUUCGUAUGCGGAGCACAUGAAAAAGUUUACAUUCCGCAUGUUCUUGUUCCUGUUGUUUUUCUUGGACACUGCUAAAAAUCAACGGUUGAUCAAGCACAAUCCGUGUUUGUUUGUUAAGAAUGCUCCUUAUAAGGAAACCAGGGAAAUCCUGAUUAGGUUUUCGUCACACUUGAUUGCCGGAAUCGGGGACAUAACGAAGCAUCUGAAACGAUUUGGGUACGUUCUCACGCAUAAGCAAACUUAUCUGGACGAGUUCGAUUACGCGUUUGAAAACUUGGCACUUGAUUUGCGCGACGGAAUUCGGUUAACUCGUGUAAUGGAAAUCAUCUUACUUCGGGAAGAUUUGACUCAGAACCUGCGGGUGCCGUCGAUAUCGCGGCUACAAAAAGUGCACAACGUAAAUCUGGCUUUGAAAGCGCUCGAAGAUGCGGAAUAUCAGAUUACGGGUGACAUCUCGGCGAAGGACAUCUGCGAUGGUCAUCGGGAGAAAACCCUUUCGCUGAUGUGGCAGAUUGUGUACAAGUUCCGCGCUCCAAAGUUUAAUGCGGCCGCCAAUGUGAUUCGAAACUGGUGGAAGCGGAACUGGUUGAAGGUGGUGAUUAGCAGGCGGAUUGAAGAGAAGCGUAGGAAGAGACGCGAGUUGGCGGCCGUGACGAUUCAGGCUGCAUGGCGUGCAUACCGAACGAGGCAGCAGUUCCAGCAGAUGCGAGAGGAGAAACUGAAGGCGGUUGUUAUUUUGCAGAAAUAUUCACGAAGAUAUCUCGCCCAGAAGCACACGGCCCAUCGCUACUCAUCCAUUCUACGCAUCCAGCGUUGGUGGCGUUCAGUACGACAAACACGCUACGACCGGCAGCAUUUCCUCGUGCAACGGAAAUCAGCCAUCGUGCUACAAACGAGCUUCCGGCGGAACCGCCUUGCCCGACAAAUUAUGGCAGCGUCGCUGGUUAUUGCCGAUUUGAAGGCACAAGCUCGCUUGCGGCACGAGAAGGCACUGGUGCUACAGCGCUCGAUCCGAUCAUACACCAUCCACCGGAAGCUGCAACGGAUUGUGAUGGGAAUGGUGGCGUUCAACCGACGAAAGGCGGUGAAGUAUCGAUCAGCUGCCAGGAUUCAAGCGACGUUCCGAAUGUGGAAGCAGAGGAGCGAGUUUUUGCAGCUUAAAGAAGCAUGCGUUAAGAUUCAGAUGCGCUGGAGGGAAUGUUUGCUGGCUAGGAGGCAGAGGGAGUUGUAUUUAAGCAUGAAAGUAAGUGCAAUUUUGAUUCAACAAACGGUUCGAGGUUACUUCGUGAUGAAAGAAGCUGUCGCAGUGUAUCAGAAGCAGCGGGAAAGCAUCAUGUUGGUUCAGCGGACGUUUAGGGCUAAAUUGGAAAUGAGGCGUGUUAGGGUAGACUAUUUGCAGCUAAAGCAAGCAGCAAUUUGUGUCCAAGUUAGAUUUAGAGCUUUGGUUGCAAUGAGAAUACAGAGGAAUGAAUAUCAGCAGUUAAGAGUAGCAACAUUGAUUAUUCAACAAAGAUUACGCGCCCAGAACGCAAUGAAGGUAGAGCGCGAGCGAUUCGAGACAUUGAAAAGCGCUGUAAUUGCGAUCCAACGUCAAUUCAGAGCUCAAAUGGCGAUGCGAGAAGAGCGUGAUCGAUAUCAAUUGAUGAAAUCUUCAUGCAUUGUAAUACAGCAGCGAUUGAGAGCAACACUUUUAAUGAGGACGCAAAGAAUUGAAUUCUUGACGUUGCAAUAUCACACGAUUGUCAUUCAACGACAAUUCCGUGCCAAUGUGUUAGGAAGAAAACAACUACAACAGUAUUUGAAGAUUAAGGCAUCUGUGAUUCUUAUUCAACGGAAAUUACGAGCAACUAUCCUUGCUCGAAAAGUGCAGCUUGCUUAUCAAACUGAGAGGCAGGCAGCAAUCAAGAUCCAGAACUACUGGAGAGCUAUCCAGCUGAAACGAAAGACUCGUGAGAACUAUUUGGAGAAACGCUUAGCUGCGGUCAAGAUACAAAGGUAUUUCCGUGGAUAUUUGCUGACCAAACACACUCAAACUUCAUUUGUUGGCCUUCGUAAUGCAACGAUUCGGCUGCAGCAGCGAUAUCGAGCAAACAAGUUAAUGCAAAAACAACGUCUGGAUUACAUGCAACUUAUUGAAGCAGCAGUCGUGAUUCAAAGACGAUAUCGUUCUCGACGGGUAGGUCUUCAGCAACAAAUCGAAUAUCGCCAAUUGAAGGCUGCAAGUUUGUGCAUUCAACGACGUUGGCGAGCGGUUCUCGAAAUGCGAAUAGCUCGUACGAAGUAUUUGUGUAUUAGAAAGGCGACUAUCGUCAUUCAAACUCAUUUACGUGCUUAUCAAGCAAUGCGAUUAGCGCGGGUGGAAUAUCUUGAAACAAGAUCAGCUGUUGUGCGGAUGCAGCGCAAAUAUCGCGCAAAACGUGAGAUGGAACGUGCAUGUGGUCAAUAUUUGAACUUAAAAAGUGCUACGAUAGUGAUUCAGCAGUACUUCCGAGGAUAUUUAGAAAUGAAGCACCAAAGAGAGUCCUUUAUUCAAAUGAGAAGUGCUGCUCUAUGUCUUCAAACGCGAUUCAAGGCGCUAAAACAAAUGAAACUGCAAAGGACGUUAUAUUUGAAUCAACGUUCCUCCGCCAUCAUCAUUCAGCGCUAUUUCCGGGGCUACCUGGCCAUGAAGCAACGUCGUAAUCAUUUCUUACAGAUAAGACAAGCUUCUUUGGUGCUUCAAUCUCGUUAUAGAGCCAAAUUGGCUAUGCUGAAAGAGAAGCGAGAAUACGAAUCUCUUAGAAUAGCAGCAAUCACGAUCCAGCGCAAAUGGAGGGCUACCCUGACAAUGCGACAGCUACGAAGCUCAUACCAAACCAUGAUCAAAGCUGCUAUAACUAUCCAAAUACACUAUCGAGCCUACAGACUCCGGCUGCUCGAUCAGCUAAGUUACCGAAUGUACCGAAGCGCUGUUAUCGUGGUCCAGCGUCGCUUCCGCGCCAAAAUUCUCGCUCGCCUUGAAUACGCCCGCUUCCAGCGGCUCAAAGUAGUCACCCUGCGCCUUCAAACCCACUGUCGUGGCUAUCUCGCCCGUCAAGCCUUCCUCCAGAAGCUCACUCCCGAGUACCUCGAACGACGCCAACGGGAAAACGCGGUCAAGCGCAUACAAGCCUGCUGGAGAGGGUACCAGCACCGGCGACAUCACCAAACCGUCACGAUGCGUGACGUAGCUUUGCGGAUGAUCGCCAGCCGGCGGGAGGCCGUCAAGGAUCCCACGAAGCGGGUCAGCAACAUUCUUCGAUCCAGCAUGAAAUUCAUGCAAACACGCUUCGCCGUGCACGAGGCCAUUAAGGUGCUUCUCCGGAUAGAGCAAAUUUCACGCACGGUACCCUACUUGCUGGAAAGAGACGCGAUAUUCCUGGCCACGUUCUGUUACGGAACCAUGGCGCAGGCCAUCCGAUCCGAGCUGGACAAGCAGCUGAUAGAAAUUUGCGCCAGAAUCAUCCUCAACCUGGCGCGAUUCGAGGGGACGAAAAAAGAUGCUUUCCAGGAAAACGGUCUGGUUACGGUGUCCCAAAUGCUUCUGCGCUGGUGUGACAAGGAAUGUGCCAUUUUCAACACCCUUUGCACGCUGCUGUGGGUCUUAUCGCAUGACGCCCAUAAGCGAAAUGCGAUCCGGCGCUAUAUGAUCUCGCGCGAAGCUAUCUACAUGCUACGAGAAACGAAAAAACUUGUUCAGCGUAAGGAGAACAUGCGCAAGAAUGUCAAGAAGCCGGUGGGUUGUCUUGCGCCACCCGAUCCCACCCUGUUGCGCAUGGAACCGGCUCUGGAACCGGACUAUGGGGUGAUACGUAGCAAGCCGUACGUUUUCUACUCGUCGGUGUUCGCAUUCGAUACCGUGCUGAAUGUGCUGGAUGUGGAUAUCUCGUGAGUAGUAUCGUGUAUGUAUCCUCCUAAUUUCGAUUGUAGGUAACAGUUUAGUGUUAAAUUGCAUUUAAUUUUAUUACUACAUUUUAUUGUUAUAGCAGGCAGUGACAAUAAUGGACGUUUUAUUAUAAUAUAACUCAAAAUUAGGCACAGAA